AUGAAUGGUCAAACCCCACCCACACUGGAGAAGCUGGCAAGGCAGGCGCUGCUGAGAGAUGAAGCCUUGGCCAUCUCUGCUCUGGAGAAACUGCCCUGGACGCUCUUCCCAGCACUGUUCAAGGAUGCCUUCAAUGGCAGACACUCUAGGAUUGUGAAGGCAAUGGUGGCAGCCUGGCCUUUCCCCUGCCUCCCUGUGGGGUCGUUGAUGAAGACUCCCAACUUGAAAACCUUCCAGGCUGUGCUAGAUGGAGUAGACAUGCAUCUGAAAAGAGAGUUUCACCCCGGCGAGCAACUUCAGGUGCUCGACCUGAGGAAUGUUCAACAUGAGUUCUGGAACAUAUGGACUGGAAGAGAGGAUGGGGCCUGUUUGGCAGAGACUGUGGAUGAGAGGCCUGUAGUGAAGGACCUUCCCAGAUAUGCACUGAGGCGGCGGCAUCUGAAGGUGGUAACUGACCUCUGCCUCAGGCUCCGUCUGAAUGAAGAGCAAGCAUGCUUCUUGCAGUGGGUCCAGCAGAGAAAAGACUUUCUACAGCUGCACUGUAUAAACAUGAAGAUCUGGACUGCGCCUGUGUGCACUGUCAAAGAGAUCUUGAAUGUUUUCCACCCAGGACGCAUUGAGGAGCUGGAAUUGAACCUGGCCUGGAAUGUGUCCAAACUGGCACGUUUUGCUCCCUGCCUUGGAGAGAUGAGAAGUCUUCGAAAACUCUCCCUGAAAAACGAGGACCAGAGCACUUUCAGGCUUGCCUACAGGAUAGUAGACACUGAGCGUAUCAGCAAGGCCUUUGCUCAGUUCUCCAAACUCCACUGUCUGCAGCAUCUCUCCAUUGAUGACAUCUACUUUCUCAAAGACCACAUGAAACAUAUACUCAGGUCCCUGAAAACCCGCUUGGAGACUCUUUCCAUCAAUAACUGCGAGAUGUCAAUGUCCGACUUGAAAUAUUUCCCCUUGAGCCGCAGCCUUCGUCAGCUAAAACAUCUGGACUUUAGAGGAACCGAGUUUUUGACUUCAUGUCUCCAGCCUCUUGGAAUCCUGCUAGAGAAUGUAGCAGGUACUCUGAAGUCUCUGGACUUUCAGCGUUGUAAUAUGGAUGACUCUCAGCUCACUGACCUCAUCCCUGUCCUCAGCAAGUGCUCCCAGCUCACCAAGGUUAACUUUUCAUACAAUGACUUCUCCACCCCUGUCCUGAAGGACCUUUUGCAUCACACAGCCAACUUGACCAAGAUGAGUGAGGAGCACUACCCUGCCUCUCUGCAAUGCUAUAAUGCUUCCGGGAUCAUCGAUGAAAACAGAUAUGCCCAACUUUGUCAGGAGCUCAUGGAUAUACUCGUAGCCGUAAGGAAUCCCUGUCGCAUCUUCUUCUGUACAAAUGCCUGCCAUGUAUGUGAUAAGAACUGUGACUCUGAGGAGUGCUCUGAAAAUGAGGAAUGCUGUGUCUUUCACCUGGAGCUUUGUUCUUGCUGGCAGUAA